UUCUUCAACUGGAGCUGAGUUACAGAGUAACUUGCCAACAGGGCUCCAGCAUUCACUCCACUAAUAAGCUAGAGCAAAGUCCACAACAGGUUUCAUGGAAAAGCGUGAGCAAAGGCCAGAACUUCGGGAAAGGACAACCACAGAGCAGGGCCAAGUCGCCUGUCCUGAGCAGUGGGGGCCAUGAGCUCCGUGCUGGCAAUCUUCUUGCAGGAACUCCCCGGCCCUGUCCUGGUUCUGGGGAUCUUCCUGCCUGUGACCUUGCUGCUUCUCCUCCUUAUUGCCUACUUCAGGAUCAAACUGAUGGCAGUUGAAGAAGAACUGGCUCAGACUUCUGAUCGCCAGAACAAGUUUGGUCCUUCCCUGCGCAAGAGAAUGAGGUGAAGGUGAGGGUUGGUGUCACCAAUGGACAAAGCACCAUGAAUUUCUCAAGGUCACGGAGCAGCAGUCAACAGGGCCACCAGGAAACAAGAAAGAGCAGUUGAACACACCAGUUGCUACAGGACGACUUCUGUGGGAUCCAACGUUAAUGGCAGUUCCUCCGAAAGCACCAUGAACGUAAACUUUUAACGGGCGCAAUGCACCAGGCGUAUCUUGAGUUUCUUUCAUUGUUGACUACGCUUAUUUACUUUGUAGAGAAUACUUUUAAAUUAAAACUUCUAGAUCUCAUCA